AUGUCAGCUACUUCAACUCAGGCAUUUGAAACCAUGAGGCAAUAUAGAAAUAAAAUUAAAUCUGAAAUCGUUAAAGUGACACAGGAUAUUGCAAAUAUUCAACAAAUUCAGGAUCGCCUCGAAGUUGCACAGAAAGCCUUGCAGAAAACUGAUGACCAAAAAAAAGCAUUCUCUAACUAUACAACAUCCGAAACCAUUACACUUAGGAAAAUUGUUAAUGCUGACUUUCAUAGUACUGUUUGUACUCUUCAUUUAAAAGACAAUUUAAUUUGUCAUGAAAAUUGUGAGCUUGAAAUGGAAUCAGCUUCUGGAAACGAUCAUUUUGCUGCAUGCAGUUAUAUGGGAUGUGGUAGAUGUUUAGUAUGCGAUUGUGGAGCUAAAAGCGUUAAAUUGAUUUAUGAGACCCAAACUCUCAAUAAAGUUCUCGAAGAUAUGAAAGAGCUAUAUGACAGAGCUAAUGAACAACAUCAACAAUACUCUGAUGAUGCAAACAACUUUCAAUCAACUCUUGCAAAUCUUCAAACUACAGCUAAUGCUAAAUAUGAAGAAAUUCAUAAACUUUGUAAAGAAUUAAGUAAAAUUUGUUCUCGAUUUAACUUUGUUGAUGAACUUAAUGCAAAUCUUGAGAGCAUGCGACAAGAUGCAAAGGCAAUACGGAAUACUAAUCUCCGAAAGAAUGCAGAAGCAGAGAUCGCAAGACUUGAAAAAUUAGCAAAUAAUUU